GCGCCUGCGCACGCGAAGGGAGUACCGUCGCGCGACGAUGACGUCUUGACGAAACCUUGACCGAAAUCGGGAGCCGGAGAACGGGAGCGCGCGUACGAGCCCGAGGGAGGAGGAGGAGGAGGAGGAGGAUCACCACCCCCCGCAGCCCAGUGGCGACUUCAACCUUUCCAGCUUCCAAUGAAUCAGAAUGUCAAAAGUGAGACGGAAGGUUACAGUUGAAAAUUCAAAGACCAUUUCUGAGAGCACGUCUCGUAGACCCAGUGUGUUUGAAAGGCUUGGGCCUAGCACAGGGCCAAGUGCUGAGACACAAUGUCGUAAUUGGAUGAAAACUGGUCAUUGUCCAUAUGGGAACACAUGUAGGUUUACUCAUGGAUCCUCCCCCAGAGGUAAAGGAUACAGUGCCACAUACAGAAGAUCUCCAGAAAGGCCAACUGGUGAUUUACGAGAGAGAAUGAAGAAUAAAAGGCAAGAUGUAGAAUCUGAACCACAGAAGAGAACCCAGGAUGAGUCCUCGUCUCCAACGAGGAGGGCUGCUUCAAGAAGCAGACGUCGAGAAAAAGAUGAUGCUAAUCUGAAAAUUACCAAGGAACGCACCCCAGAAAGUGAAGAAGAAUCAGCUGAAUGGGAAACAGGCAGAGAUGAUUCUGAUAAUGGGGAUGUAAACUAUGAUUAUGAUCAUGAACUGUCCCUUGAAAUGAAGCGGCAGAAAAUACAACGGGAACUGAUGAAACUUGAACAAGAGAAUAUGGAUAAAAGAGAAGAAAUAGUCAUCAAGAAGGAGAUAUCUCCGGAACCUGUGAGAAAUAAGCGCUCCCCAUCUCCAAGAAAUUCAAGCAAAUCGCCUAAACAUAAAACUAGUCCAAAAUUGUCUUCUGGUAAGAAGGAGAAAAAAGGAUCAAGAUUGACAUCUCCCGUAAGCGACCAACAAAGAAAAUCAUCAAGAGUACAGCAGAGUAAAAAGAAAGGACCUCGUACUCCAAGCCCACCACCCCCUAUUCAUGAAGAGAUUCUAACAACAAAAAAGCAUAAAGAAAAACCACGGGGAAAAGACAGAACUGAAGAAAAAGCACGAGAAAAUAGAGAAAGAGGAAGGGAUAUAGAAAGACAUAAAGAGAAAAAAGAGAAACACAAGGAUCACUCUGAUAGCCUUCGUAGACAGAAGAGGUCUAUAAGCCCUGAAGAACAGUCUGGCAGCACCUCUUCUCGUUCCAGAGAAUAUUCCCCACCGGCAACAAGGAGAAAAUCAGCCUCUCCAGCUCCACCUAAGUCAACCUCUUCUUCCUCUUCUCGAAAGCAUUCCUUCUCUCCACGUUACAGCAGAUCACCUUCUUCCCAGAGGCAACAUCAAACUCCCACUGUGUCAAGACAGCACUCCCCAUCAUCUCGAUCAGGUUCACCUGCAACAAGAAGAUCAUCAUCUCCUCGCCACAAACGUUCCACCUCACCGUCCUAUCAGCAUGCGGCAUCACUGACUCGAAAACGAUCCUCUUCACCAUAUGCUCCGCGUUCUUCAUCUCCACAGAGAAAGCAAAGUCCAAUAAAACAUAGGUCCUCUGGAAGAGAAAAAGGCAAACUCGAGCAAGAAAAAUCGCCGUUACAGGAGCGACAUCAUGAGAAAGGGGCAGGAAGCAGAGGAAAGCGGGACCGAGAAAAGGAGAGCAAGGAUAUUCGAGACCGGCGAGGCUGUGAACUGGAUCAGAAUGUACUCCAAGAAAGAGAUGAGCGCACAAUCAGGGAUACGCGUGAUAACAAAAACAAUCGGGAUCAUAAAGAAGUGAAAGACACCACUGAGCGCAGAGAGACCAGAGAAUCUCAUGAGAUUCAUGAUUCAAGAGAUACUCGAGAUCACAAGGAGAGCAAAGACACUCGAGAUUACAAGGAGAGUAAAGACUCUCGAGAUGUGAGAGAGUCUCGUCCUAGCCGUGAUACUCAUGACUACAGAGAUAGCAGAGAUUCUCAUCGGAAAGACGAACAGCAUCAUGAAGACCGCAGUUACAACCGGAGCCAUGGCAGAGAUGAAAGUUCCCGGACUGACGUCAAGAAUGAACGUCAGAGUGAAGUGAGGAUUGAAGGCAGGAAUGAAUCCAGGGGUGAUGUUCGCAGUGAGACCAGGGGUGACAGUCGGUGCGAGGUGAGGGGUGACAGUCGCAGCGAGUCUAGGGUAGAGUUUCGCAGCGAGACCAGGGGUGAAAGCCGGAACGAGGCCAGAGGGGAUGGUCGUGGCGAUGCCAGGGGAGACAGCAGGAGCGAUGCCAGGGGAGACAGCAGGAGCGAUGCCAGGGGAGACAGCAGGAGCGAUGCCAGGGGUGACAGCAGGAGCGAUGCCAGGGGAGAUAGCAGGAGCGAUGCCAGAGGAGAUAGCAGGAGCGAUGCCAGAGGAGAUAGCAGGAGCGAUGCCAGAGGAGACAGCAGGAGCGAUGCCAGAGGAGACAGCAGGAUCGAGACCAGGGCAGAUGCCAGGGGAGACAGCAGGAGCGAUGCCAGAGGAGAUAGCAGGAGCGAUGCCAGGGGAGACAUCAGGAGCGAUGCCAGGGGAGACAUCAGGAGCGAUGCCAGGGGAGACAUCAGGAGCGAUGCCAGAGGAGAAGCCAGGGGAGACAGCAGGAGCGAUGCUAGGGUAGACAGCAGGAGCGAUGCUAGGGUAGACAGCAGGAGCGAUGCCAGAGGAGACAGCAGGAGCGAGACCAGGGGAGAUGCCAGGGGAGACAGCAGGAGUGACGCCAGGGGAGACAGCAGGAGUGACGCCAGGGGAGACGGCCGGAGUGAGACCAGGGGAGAUGGAAGAAGCGAUGCCAGGGGAGACAGCAGGAGCGAUGCCAGGGGAGACAGCAGGAGUGAGACCAGGGGAGAUGGAAGAAGCGAUGCCAGGGGAGACGGCAGGAGUGAGACCAGGGGAGACAGCAGGGGCGAAUCCAGGGGAGACAGCAGGAGCAAAUCCCGGGGAGACAGCAGGAGCGAUACCAGGGGAGACAGCAAGAGCGAUGCCAGGGGAGACGGCAGGGGCGAUGCCAGGGGAGACGGCAGGGGCGAUGCCAGGGGAGACGCCAGAGGAGAUGUCAGGAGCGAAAUCAAGGGAGACAAUAGGAGCGAGCCCAAAGGGGACAAUAGGAGCGAGGCCAGAGGAGAUGGCAGGAGCGAGACCAGGAGUGAAAGGACAGCCAGAGGAAGAGGAAGAGGACCAGAAUUAACUGACAAAGGGAGCCGAGGAACAACCAGAGGAACACAAUUUGACACACAUGGCACGAGCGGUAAUUACCAUGAAAGCUGGGAUACAAGAAGUGGAUACACAGAAAGAGAUCGAUAUGAUCGAGACCAAAGCAGAGAUACUUCCUUUGACAGACGUGGCCAUACAGAAAGGGAAAAGCGUGAAAACCGAGAUCGAGAGAGAGACCACGCAAUUAAUACUACUACUCGACAUCCAGGGAGGAUAGAUGAUCAGGACCAUGAUGAGAAAAAGGAUGAGCGGCGUUCAGAUCGUGAAGACAGGCGUGAUGAUAGAUUAAGGGAAAGAGACCGUGACAAAGAUCGUGAUAGAGACCGAGAGCGAGAAAGGGAAAGAGAACUGGAUCGGGAGAGGGAGCGUGAAAGAGUCCGUGAACGAGAUCGAGAAAAAGAACGAGAACGAGAGAGGGGCAAGGAGAGAGAGCGGGAAAGGGAAAGGGAGAGAGAUAGAGAGAGAGAACGGGACAGAGAAAAGGAAAGGGAGAGAGUUAAAGAGAGGGACAGGGAGAGAGAGAAACAAAAGGACUGGGAUGAGAAGGAUAAAGCAAGAGAUGAACGCAAAGAUAAAAAGGAUGAUCAACGGGAGGAGCGGGAUUUUCGAGAAAGUCAUGGGCAAAGAAAAACAAGAAAACGUCCACGGACAGAAAGCAGCCUGAGUCCAAUGGCGAAGCGAGCCCGUGACGAAUCUCCUGAUAGUGAUACCUACAACAGUAGUGAAGGGAAAAGUGAAAAGCAUCGGUUAUUAAGUCAAGUGGUACGUCCACAAGAUUGUCGGUCAGUCAGUCCACCACGUGUUAUUGAAGAUAGAACAAGCAGCUGGAAAGAUGAUGACAGGAAAUCAGACAAAAAGGAAAGCACAAGGAGGCGUGAAGACCAUACCAUAAGAGAAAGAAUAUCCUCAGGGGACAAGCAAAGAGAGCACAUUGUCGAUACUGUUGAGAGUUCACGAAGCAGAGAAUCUGACAGUACUACACACCACGUUAGCGAUGAUAGAGAAGGACUGACAGCAAGGCAUGAACAGAACAAGAAAAAGAACAAAGGACAGCGUAAGUCUCAAAAGAAAAACAAAAGAGAUGAUGAUUGUGGAUCCAAAAAAUACAUUGCUGAGCCCUUAGUAGAGGAAACAGUUUUAUCACCCAGGAAAGCAGCAAAGAAGAAAAAUGUCGAGAAAAAGCGUAAACGCUCUAAAGGCGAUUCAGAUGUUUCUGAUGAGGAAGUGGUUCCACCAGCCAAAAAGUGGAAGGGCCCGAGAACUCCACCUGUAACAGUAAAGGAAGAAUCUGUUGAAGAUGUGUCUGAGAAGAGUGCUGAAGGAAAUGCCCAGGGAGGGGGUGAUGUAGUUUUCAGUGAUUGGUCAGAUGAAGAUGUGCCAGAUCGUGAAGAAAGUAUAAUUUCUGAUAAGAGCGUUGAAGAUUCUCGAAGGAAAGUUCAGAAAGCUGAGGUGGAAAAAAUAGAAGCACCUACCGUGGCUGACAGCCGUCCAUGUAAAACAGAUGAGCACAAACGGAGUAGCAGCCUUGGCAGCAAUCGCAGCCGGACUUCAAGCCGUUUACGGUCACCAUCAAACGAAUCUACACAUCGCAGUGGAGACGAUCAGAGUGGUGGGAGGAAACUACAGCAUGGAACUGCAAGAGAUGGGCAGAAGUACAGAAAUAUUGAACCUUGUGAACGUAAAUCCCGAAUAGAUCAACUCAAACGUGGAGAGCCCAGCCGCAGCACCUCCUCAGAUCGUCAAGAUUCUAGAAGUCACAGUUCUAGACGAAGCUCCCCUGAAUCGGAUCGACAAGGGCGUUCCAGGACUGGAUCCUUUGAGAGCAGAGAAAAGCUUCAGGAUAGUGAACGUGACCGGGAUCGAGAAAGGCGAGAGAGAAGAGAAUGGGAGCGGGAUGGAGAACAUCGGGAUUGGGCUAAAAGCAGGGACAGAAAUAAAGACAAACGAAGAGAGGUCCUGAAGGAGAAACAGAAACCACCUGCAGAAGUGCCUGAUAAAGACAAAGAACGAACUCUGGAAGCUGUUUCCAUGUUGGAACAAACCCGAGUAGAACCAAGACCAGGAAGAGAAACUGAGAAGCAACUUGAGCAAAAUGAAUCUGCAGCUGCAGUGACGUGUGAAAGGGAUGUAAAGGAACCAGUGAAGGAGUCAGAGAAUGAAGAGGUCCAUAAUGAUGUACCCGUUGAUAACGUUGAAGUUGGUGAGCAAGAUGGAAAAGUAGAUGAUGCCCAGUCAUCCAUGUCAGGAGCUUGUGAAGAAUAUGAACCAAUUAGUGAUGAUGAGCUGGAUGAGAUUCUGAACGAUGAUGCAGGAAAAAGAGAAGAAAACCAGGAUGAAGAGAAAGUAUCAGAUCCCAUGGAUGUGAUUGAUGUCGAUUGGUCAAGCCUGUUGCCCAAGCAGCCCAAAGAGCCAAAGGAGCCUGGAGCUGCUUUGUUAAAAUUUACACCUGGUGCAAUCCUGUUACGAGCUGGAAUAUCAAAGCGCCUGGCUGGUGCAGAAUUGUUUGCCAAAGUAAAUGAAACUUGUCGGGCUGCUAUCAACAAUUCGAAAGACAACAUUUUUGAAGAUGAACUUGGAGCCCUCAACAUGGCUGCUAUUCAGAGAAAGGAGGAGAGAGCCCAUCUGCUGAGCAAUUUGGGACCCUGCUGUAAAGCACUUUGUUCUCGUAGGGAUCUUGCUAUCCGCAAACAGCUAGUAAGAAAUGAAAAAGGUGCCUCCAAGCAUAUGUAUACAAAUCAACCAGUUGUGGACAACGAUCUUCUCAGAUCAAGCCUUCGGUUGUUCAAACGCAAAGCUCUGUGCCAUGGUCACAUGCAGGAAAAAAGCGAUGACAGUAAGAUUUCACGACCUAAGGUUAAACAGGAAGUUUGUGUUUCAUAAAUUUUUGGCAGCAUCCUGGAUUGAUUGAUUUUGAUAUAGGGGAAUCUGCAUACAAAGAAUUGGUUCCUAUACCUGAACAUUUGGAAGGAUGUCACUUGCUUAAUUACAAACCUAACUUUGGCCCGGCGUGGUCAAAUGUAAUUUUCCAGCUUUCAAGACUAUUUGUUUUGGGAAUUCAAAUACUGUUCUAUCUACUGGACAAGUGAAUGUUUCAUUUUUGCCGUACAGAUUUGAAAUCUUUAAUAAAACCCUCACAGUUUUGUUUAAAAGUGUCGUUUUAUUGUUUAUAUGUAAAAGGAGAUGUUCCACUGGAAUUAUGGGUGGUUGCAAUUUAAUGCCACUGAUUUUGCUGUUGUCAAGCUGUGCAAAAUAACUUUCAGUCUGACGCCAACUGGGAUCUGUGGAAUUCAGAAACUGAAGUUACCUAGCGGACUGAUCACCCAUUCAGAUUGAAGAAUUCACAAACUGAAAAGCAGGAAGUAGAAAACACUACUAGCUGCUCUCAGUUUUGCAACAAGUAAAAUAAUGAAUGGAACCGGCAGAAUAAUUCUGAAGUAUCAUCAGCAAGUUUUUAAAAAGUGUUCAGUUUUAUUGCUUUUAAUCUAUAGAAUGGGGGAAUGGCAUUUCACACAUAACAUUGGUUUAUCAUGGGCAUCCAGAUUGUCUGUAAUUGUGACUUGGUAUAUUGCUAAAAAAUAUGGUUGCACCUCAAUCGAUAAGGCUUAGUUUCUUCAUUUUUUAAAACAAUGUGUGCAGUUCAUAAAGUGAAGUUGAUGAGGAUGUAUUGAUUAUGCUGGGGGUUAAUAUUUUAACAUUGAAUCUUGUGAAGGACCAGGGUAUCGUUAACAGAAACUUCCUCAUUUAACUGUAUAUGUGCAGAUGCUGGAGGUUUAUGUCAAUUUUAUAUAAUAAUAACAAUAGCAAGCUCUCCAUAAUUACAAUAAUAAAUUCCAGGCUAGUAAAUUCAUUGAUUUUCAGCCUCAUAUUUACACUAAAGUUUAGACGGUGAGUAUUUUGUGCUAAAUACUGUCACAGUGGAGAACUUUAUUUCAUCCAUGGCUUGUGACUUUGAAAGAAGGAUCCCUCAUUAAGUAAUAAGAAAAUAUACAAAUGGCUUUGCUACUAAUGUAACUUUUUAAAGAACCAGGCAGAUUUUAUGGUGAUGGAGCAAUUUAGCUUGCCAGUAGUAAAUGGUUAACAGACAUGUAUGGAUGCAAACUGCAAGAAUUUCCUUUAAACUAAGCAAAUUGUAUAACCAUGGAUUAAAGCAACUAUGGAUUGGAAGUUAUGAUCAGAUGUCCAUAGACUAAACUCAAUGUUGUUAUUAUCAAUGUGUGAAUUGUAUUGGUAUCCACAAUUGCAUAAAUGUUUUUAUUUGAUUUUUUUCUAAUGUAAAACCAUUGAACAAUGGAAGGAUGCAGCACAAGACCCAUAUGUAAAUCUAAAUCAAAAUGAAUAAGUUUUGUACAAGUUUGUAAAAUGAUUUGCGUUUUUUGAUAACUGAUUUCACAGAAGGUCACUUGAAGGAAUCAACUUAUGCCACGUUCUGGAUAAGGACAACUUUUUUUGAAUAUAUCUAUCCUAUAGCAGCCAACCUUACCUUACUAAACCUAUAUUUUGUCAGAAUUGUAGUUGUAGGAUAUCUGAUCUAAUGUGAACAUUUUUAUGUUUUGUUUGUGUAUUGUAUUGUUUUUUUUACAUUUUUAUACUUUGUGCCCAUAUUGAAUUUUAAAUAAAUAUGUUAAGUUUUAGUGUGUCAAAAUGGUCUCCGUUUGAAAUUCACCAUUCUAAAAUGGUAAACUACAAUAACCCACAUUUAACCUCAGCUCACAGAUCACCUCUUGAGCAAAGGUCAAAUUAGACAAACAUAAGGAAAAUUAAAUACUAAAGUCAUAAUGCAAAUAUUACCUGGAAUAGAAGUUUGUUGUAAUGUAUUCUACACUUAAACUUGAUGACUGUUUUUUAUGGUAGAAUUAGUCAAAUGAUGACAUCGACACCUCGAUUCCAUUUUGAUUGAUUAUUUCACAAAAGUCAAUCUCAGUCAUUAAAAUCCUCAUUGCUCCAGAACCCACAGCCUUCCAAGGGAGCAACCCAGAUUGUCUCUUAAAUUUCACUCAAGCCACUAAUUUGACGAUAUCCCUUUAUUCUUUAGCCUUUGCGAGAUAAAUUAAUUUGUUGGCAUCUACUGUGAUUAAGUACAGUCCAUAAGUAUCGGAAUGACUAUUUAUGUUACUCCAAAUGGGGCUUUGUUCGGACUAUUGCCUUAUGGAAAAAUGAUGUGAAAGCAUUGUGCUCUGAUAAAGGCAAUUCUACAACAUGUGAGGUGCUCAAUGUAACAAAGGUUAACAAGUUACAGCAGGUGGUGGGACAACAUUGGAGGUCCUUGUGGUUGUUUUGAUGAUGCUUGCCUAUUACAUUUUUAACUUAUCUAGUGACUUUGCCUAUGGAAUUUUGUUAGGGUGGAAAUGGAUUGUAAACUAAUUGAUUUAGUGGAUGACUAAAGAAGACCUCACUGCUCUGCAGUAACAGUGGCUGGUAUUGGAGCCCAUGUUUGGACUGAUAUCAACCCUUCACAGCACAUAAUUCUCUCUCUAGCGUCAAUGAGCAGGUUUGGUAAUUCAUCCCUUCAUACCUGAAAUGUUGUUCCUCUCUUUGAAGCGUUCUCUUAAAAGUACCAUAGGAAAAUAAGAAUAAAGUUUAUCGGAUACCAAUACCGGAUUAAAUGUUCUUUCAAGGGAGCAUGUAUGAUGUAUUGUACUGAGUAAAGCCGAAUGUAAAACAUAAUAAUAAAUAAACAAACCGACUCAUUGUAUAUUGUGAGCAGAUUAUUAAUCUGAAAA